UCUCUCUAUCUACUUAUACAUGUAUAUGUAUGCACAUAGCCUAGUAUGGAAGGCACAUACUAUCUGAAGCCGCCCCUUACGCAGGGUGGGCUUCGACAUCAAGGACCUUCUCCAGGAGCAGCACGCGGCCAGAGAGCAGCCGGAGGUGUUCCCGCCCUGGUUCCUCAAGCGUUUCGACUUCGAAGGGGAAUCCACGUGUUCCGACUUCUCCACUCAGCGCGGGAAGGAUCAGCGAGUCCUUGCCUACUCUUACUACACAACUAACGGGAGCCCGGAUUACUUCAGAUACUUAAGUCAGCUGCACGGAACCGCCAAGGACGUGGAGAGACUCUACCCGGGCUGGAUCAUGAGGAUUUACCACAACACCACUUCCACGGACGUUUUCGGUCGCAAGGAGCUCUGUCGCCUCUACUGCGAGAACGACCACGUGGACCUCUGCCAUAUCCAUGAUCUGCCGGGACUUGGAAAUUUGAACAAGCGCGGGGUCGUGGGGCGGAUGUGGCGUUUCGCUGUCAUGGGCGACCCGACCGUGGAAGUCUUCCUCAGCCGCGACGCAGACAGCUGGGUGCUGGACCGGGAGGCGGCCGCCGUGCACGAGUGGCUCCGGUCGGGUCGGUCUUUCCACGUGAUGCACGACCACCCCGUGCACAGAGCUCUGAUGAUGGCAGGUCUCUGGGGCGCCUUCAACAAGAACCAGACUUUGAUGAGGAAAAUGCGAGACAGGAUGUUCAACAGCCCGAGGAACCUAGACAAGGCGUACGACCAACGACUCCUGCUAAAUAUCGUAUGGCCUGUGGUGAAGAACGACGUCCUAAACCACGACAGUUACACGUGCCUCCAUCCUUCCCACAUCAACGCCACGCCCUUCCCGACGAAGAGAGAAGACAACAAGUACUGCGGCUGGGGGAUCUCCAAGGGCACCGCCAGGAGGAAGCUGUCGAAGAAAUCCUGUCCGAUCGCUUGCCGGCCGAAGGAACACCCGGACUGGACCAAGUGCUGAAGAAGAUCGGAUAACGGGUAAAUUAUAUCGGAUAACGGGUCGUCUCUAAAGAAGUUCGGAUAACGGAUAACGGGGUCGUCUCUAUCUUAAUUUCUGGCGUUAUCUGUUUUAUCAUUAGAUCGAUAUUUGUAUUGUUGUUCGUAUCAUUGUCAUUGUGAUCAUUAUUAUUAUUGGUAAUAUUGUUAGUGAUAAUAUGAUCAUUGUUCUAUUGGUUAUUAAUGUC